AUGCCGGAUUCAUAUUGUGCCUUCCUUCUGAAGAGCUGGUGUAAGAUCUUGCAUGUGGUAUGCUUUGAAAGAGAAAUUUGUGAAAUCAGCCUGGGCUUGGGAGUGGAUAACCUCGAACAAUUCAUAUACCCAGACAAUCUCCAGUGUGUGGACCUCAAACUCCUGUCCAAUGAUGUAUGUGCCAAAGCCCACUCCGAGAAGGUGACAGAGUUCAUGCUGUGUGCUGGACAGUUGGAGGGCGGCAAGGACACCUGUGCGGGUGACUCGGGGGGUCCACUGAUCUGCGAUGGUGUGCUUCAAGGAAUCACAUCCUGGGGCAACAUGCCAUGUGGCAGCCCCAAUAUGCCCGCGAUCUACACCAAAGUGACCUCGCACCUGGAGUGGAUCAAGGAGAUCAUGACAGCCAAUUCCUGA